AUGUUAUACAAUCCUAACAAAGGAUUUGUUAGGGUAAACAACAACAAGAACAACAAGAAGAAGAAGAAGAAGAAGAAGAAGAAUCAUGACCAUCAUGAGACUGCUACUGCUGAUUAUAUAUCAGAAUUGGAAGAUGAGGCUCUCACACCUCUGGCCGGCCUUGCUAGGUGCAUCCUUGCUAGCAUAACGAGCAUGAGGUCAAGGAGUAACUUAAAGUCCUUGACUGCCAGUCAAUGA